CUUUUGCUCAUUCAGAUUCAUGAUUAGAGCUGAACAGUGGGCACCUUGUUUUGAUGAAAUCCGAAGCCUUUUUUUCGAACCCUAAGCUGGAGCAAACAUUUUAAAUGGAGAGGAAUCAGAACAGGACAAUUGAAUAAGAAUGUGAGAAAGGGUCAGCUCUGGAGAGCUGGGUGGCUGUUUGUUACCGUAACACGGUGGUGCAAGCCAUAGUCCGUCCUUCAGGCUCGGCUUGUAGAAACAGCUUCUCUGCCGGGGAUCUCUCUCUCUGCGACACAGUUUUGCUUCUGCGGGACUUCGGAGAUAAAGCAAAAGACAUCAGCGCGCUUUGUUCCCUCCUAUCCCGAUGGUCAUCGGUGUAGAAGAGAAAGACUUGUGGAAAGGUGGGGGCUUAUAUGCGGCAGUGUCAUCGUGGGGUGUCCUCUGCUACCCCCCUUUCCCCCUUCGGAGUUGUGCUUUUAUUUGGGUAAUGGCGCCACAGGAAGUCCGCCGUUACCCCCUUUCCUGGCUGUGCUGGAAGAAGGUUUCAACAGGGAUGCCCACUAAGCCUGCAGCUUUUACCUUCGUGCCUGUGUUGCACAAGCUACCAAUUAAAAGCAUUCUUGUCAAGAAUGAGAGGUCUGCUACCCCAAAAGGAAAAUCAGACAAGAGCAUAGCUGCGUCCCAGGAGAGGACAAGCAGAGAGACCAUGUCAGAGGAAGACAUUUGCGAAGCAGAGAUUGUCUUUAUCAAGGACAUUUUGGAGCGAGGAGAACAAAACACGGUCCAGCUUGAGGCAAACCCCCAAUUCAGUCUUUCACCAGAUCACAAGAGCCUCUCUCGCACCAAGGCGUCUCCUUCAGUCCGUGCCCUGUCUGAAAAUACACCCGACCAUGAGGCCACGGCGACAGUCUCUAUGGCAACAGUUGUUGAUAAAUGCAGGGACAGUCCUUGGCGGCAGCGCCCCAAUAUCUCUGGACAUUCUGAACAUAGCUUGGGCUACUUUGCAAACACAGUCCCUGUGUCAGAAGAUAGAGCAAGCACCACAAACUCUCCAGACCUCUUCCCCACUCCGUCUUCCUCCAGAGAGUCCAUCCAGUCAGAUGGCUUGGAUAAGGAGCGGAGUUGGUACGCCAUGCAGCCUUCCUCUGUGGUGUCUCCUGCCUCUUUUAGCAGAACUGUUUCUCAGUGCUCAUCUAUCCGCUCUGGAGUCUUCUCCCCUUCUGUGGUUCAGGUCAGGAGACACUUUCUUGCUCCCGGCUCUAGUCUGAUUCACACCCCUCAGACCUGUUUUUCGUCCUGUGACAGCCUGUCCUCCUCCACGUGUCCUCACACCCCCACUCCCCGGCAUCGACCCCCACUCACACGACUCUCUCUCCUCACUGCCAUCCUUAGAAAAGGUCGUCUUCCUGUGCUGUCUUCUGCGCUGCAGAGGCCUUACACCCCCUGCUGGCCUGUUAACCCCGUGACUCUGUCUGUCUGCAAAGCAUGUUCUGCUGCCUCCAGCGUGGCAUCUAUUCCCCUGAAGUUUUCCUCUCAGUUUUCCUCAUCCACCUCUGUAGACAGUCAAAACCCUGUGUGCCGAGAGUCAAGCAUGUUUCUCAGUGCUCCUCUGAUGGUGGAGUCAAUGAAACGUCAUGUGAAAUGUCCUCAAACACAGGUGACAAGCAGUAAACUUAGAAACAAACAGGUCAUUUCACCUCCACUGGUGAAUAGGAAGAAACUUCCUGAAACUCCCCUACCCUUGUUCCCAAAUUUGAAAUUAAUUUAUGUGCCAGAGCAUGAAAUCCCAGCCACAGCGGCUACAGCAAACAGCUCUAUUUCCAAGCUGCAUGAGCUGAAGCCCAGCGUGCUCCUCAAGGACCAUACAAGUAAUAACUUAAACAAAUUCAUGUCCCCAACCUCUACAUCUAUUAAGGUGCCUGAGACCUCUGUGCCCCAGAAAUUGACUUUCCAACCAAAUCCAUCUCUCACUAGGCUCCAAAUGCUAUCUCAGCAGCUGAGAUCUCCACGUGUCUCCCCUCCUCAUCUGCAGCCCUCUCUGCCACAAAUCACACCUUCGGACACAGGUUCCAAUCUCCCUCAUUUACAACAAACCAAAAAGUUUGGAGGAUGCGAGUCACAGUGGAAUUGCCCUCCUCCAUCAGAUGUGGAUCUGAGAAGAUCCACAUCUUCUCAGACUUUUAAGAAAGUCCACAGCCUGUCUCCCUUUUGUUACACAAACAUAGCUAUUUCCAGAGGGCCAUCGCCUGCCGGUACGCCCACACCUACACCCUCCCCUGCUCCACCAAUCAGAGACCUGACCUCAUCUCCUUCCUCGUCUCUCUGCUCCACGCCCUCCUCAAGGCCGGGGAGUGAAAUGUCAGACUGCAGUGACGUGAAGGAUAAAAAAAGAAAGCAGGCGCACAGGAUUAAGUCAAGCUACAAAUCACUGGCUGCAAUUCCCACAAACACAAUUCUCUUGGAUCAGCAAGCAAUAGAUGAACAGGUAGAGAGAAAAGGGGAUUAUUAUAACACAAUGGACAGACCUGUUACAGACACCCAUUCAGAGAUGUGCUCCCCUGCUGAGCUCCGGCAAAAGUCAGAGGAACUUUAUGCAGUUAUUGAUGAGAUAUUGGCAAGUUCCAGUCCCCCAAAGACCUCGAAGUCAUCGACUACCAAAGAGCGUUUUCAGCACAACCCUUCAUUUUCAAAAUCCUUGGGGCGUGAAACCAAAUAUGCAUCGUUGUGCAGCUUGCACUCAUCUGCCAAUAAGGAGAGAAAACUGACAGACACUGAAAAGACAAAACCUGGGAUGAUUCGCCCGAUGACGGCAAUUCCAAGACUGACAGAGGAGAUUGAAGAACGGUUCAAAUCAAUUUCCUUGAGGAAAUUUUUUAAGCAGGCCAUACCUGACAAGAAAAAGAUGGAAAAUAUCAGACUUGAAGGGGCACAGACAGAUUUUUUCGUGGGCUCAAAAGGAAAAUUGGUAGAAGCUAAGACGACGGCUGAAAGGAGAGGUCUGUUCUCGGUUUGUGAGCUGCACAUUAAAGAGCCUGAUGAGCAGCUCAGUCCUACUGGAAAAGAAGCAGGAAAAUCUUUUGGUACCACUGACAGGAACAUUGAAGUGUUUCAAGCUUGUAUGUAAAGCAUUAAAUGCCAUUGUUUCUGCUAAGUCACAGACCAGCAAUGCUAAGUAUGAAUAAAAAGCUGAUGAUCACGUUAUCAGAAUAAGUAAAUGGAUGAUUUUGUAUGGCUGCUAACAAUUUCAGGCAUUAAAAGUGAAAAAGAGAUGAUUCAACAGCCAUAAACUGAAGAUUUCAGAUGUCAUAAGUUUAACCACUCAUAAUUCUUUGUAAUCUUUAUUACAUAAUAAAACUGCUGUCCAUUGGUCUCUGGUUAACUGUU